UAUAAUCAUACACAGAUAACAAAUCCAACCCAAUUUUCCCGAUUCAAUUUCGACUUUCAUGACCUGAAAGAUGACACAUUGAAUCCAAAACUUAAAAGAAAAAACAAAGAAAGAGAAGAAACCUAGAGAGAACAAAAUGAACCCAAAUUCCCAAUCCCAUCAAGUGAUGCUGACAUGUCUGUCCCUCAUCAGACGAGGAGAUUGACGAUGUCGUUUGGGGUGAAGAAGGAGGAGAAGGAGGAGGAAGAAGGGUAGUGAGGACAGUGGUCGCUGAGAUUGACGGAGCGAGAGGCGAAGAGCAGGAGGGGUCGGUCGUGGGCCUCUUCUGGGUUCAUUUCGUGGUCGUCGGAGGUGGAGAGGUUGUCACCGCUGGGGUUGGAUGGUGGUCGUGUGCUGGGAUUUUAUUUCUUUACUUCAAUUUCUUUUGUCAAACAUGUAUUUUAAUAUAUUUUAAUUAUUUUUUUUAAGAAAGGGCUAAGAGAGUUAACAGAGUUAAAUUAUUGUUAAGUUAUGUGCCACAUGUCACAAGAAUAAGGAGGAAACAGGACACAGGGAAUUUGGUAACAGGAAAAUUGGACUCAUUUAAAAUACCCUACAGAAAAGAACAUUCAUGGCAAACAAUUGUUUCAAGUUCUUACAAUUCAUUUACCAUAACUCAACGGUGUGGAUAACCCCACUGUAGAAUUUUCGUUGGCGUGAGGUAAAAGCCCCGGAUGAGAGGAGAGAGACGACUCAACACUCAAGACCCAAGACUCAAGAGUUUCUGAACUGAAUUUUAUACUAAAUGGAUGAGAACUUAAUAAUGCACUCUUAUCUGAGCAUUGCUGAAAAUCACCAUCUUUCUGGCGUGGAAGUAUUGGGUGUGGUAACUGAGCAAUGGGCUCUUGCAAGUCCCCUCAUGUUGUUCUUCUGCUAUAUGUCAUGGUUUGCAUUGUGUAUCAAUCUUUUGCUUUUGGAGUUGAUACGAACCAGACAGCAAAGCUGCUGGUGGAUGCUUCUGAAGCAUCAGGACGGCCAAUAUCUGAAACAAUGUUUGGAAUUUUCUUUGAGGAGAUUAACCAUGCUGGUGCUGGCGGGCUAUGGGCUGAGCUUGUAAGCAACAGAGGUUUUGAAGCUGGGGGCCCUAACGUUCCUUCCAACAUUGAUCCUUGGUCAAUAAUUGGGAAUGAGUCAUCUUUGAUAGUGUCAACGGACCGUUCUUCGUGCUUUGACCGCAACAAGGUUGCACUCCGAAUGGAGGUGCUAUGUGAUAGCCAAGGUGCCAAUAGCUGCCCUGAUGAUGGUGUAGGAAUUUAUAAUCCUGGGUUCUGGGGCAUGAAUAUUGAAAAAGGGAAGACCUACAGUGUUGUUCUUUAUGUCCGCUCAUCUGGAUCAGUCAAUGUGUCCGUAUCAUUGAUGGGCUCAGAUGGGUUGCAGAAACUUGCUGCUGCGAGCAUUAUAGCUUCUGGUUCAGAAGUUUCAAACUGGAAAAAAUUCAAAGUUAUGUUGGAAGCCCAAGGAACAAAUCCUAAUUCAAGACUGCAAUUGACAACAACCAGAAAAGGGUUUAUAUGGUUUGAUCAAGUGUCAGUCAUGCCCCUGGAUACAUAUAAGGGACAUGGAUUUUGGAAAGACCUUGCUGUAAUAUUGGAAGAUUUAAAACCUCAAUUUAUGAGAUUUCCAGGCGGCUCUUUCGUUGAAGGUGAAUGGCUACGAAAUGCAUUUCGUUGGAAAGAAACAAUUGGACCCUGGGAAGAGAGACCUGGACACUUUGCUGAUGUUUGGAUGUACUGGACUGACGACGGACUUGGUUAUUUUGAGUUUCUCCAAGUAGGUAUCUUUUUUAGUUCUGUCAUUCAAGAAUGCUUGGAGUUUCCUUUAAAAUCCUGCUUCUGUCGGUACCAGUUUUUGAAAAUUUUAUUUAUGCAGCUAGCAGAGGACCUUGGUACAUUGCCAAUAUGGGUAUUUAAUAACGGAAUCAGUCACAAUGAUGAAGUUGAUACUUCCAGUGUCUUACCAUUUGUACAGGAAGCUCUUGAUGGUCUUGAGUUUGCUAGAGGCAAUCCUAAUUCUACCUGGGGUUCUCUCCGUGCUGCAAUGGGACACCCAGAACCCUUUGACUUGAGAUAUGUUGGUAUUGGGAAUGAGGAUUGCAGAAGAAAGAACUACCUAGGAAAUUACCUUAAGUUCUAUAGUGCUAUAAAACGUGCCUAUCCAGACAUCAAAAUAAUUUCAAACUGUGACGGAUCUUCUCAAAAGUUGGAUCAUCCAGCUGAUUUGUUUGAUUUUCAUUUCUAUGCAGAUGAUGCCAAAAACAUGUUUUCUAUGGCUCAUCAUUUUGAUCAGACAUCACGUAGUGGUCCCAAGGCUUUUGUGAGUGAGUAUGCCGUCACAACAGGAAGUCUUCUAGCAGCACUAGGUGAAGCUGGAUUUCUUAUUGGGCUGGAGAAAAACAGUGAUGUUGUUGAGAUGGCAAGUUAUGCGCCACUCUUUGCAAAUGACAAUGGCAGGAACUCGAAAUUCUCUGCAAUCGUCUUUAACUCCUCACAUCUCUAUGGGACUCCUAGCUACUGGAUGCAAAGUCUUUUUAGCGAAUCAAGUGGAGCAACUAUUUUCAAUGCAACACUCCAAACAAAUUCGUCUACUAAUCAAGUGGAGCAACUUCUUGCAUCUGCAAUUUCUUGGAAAAAUUCAGAAAAUGAGAAUAGUUACCUAAGAAUCAAGAUUGUGAACUUCGGAACAGACAUAGUGAAUCUCAAGAUUGUUGUGGACGGGCUGGAGCCGAAUUCCAUUAAUCUGUCUAAGUCGACCAAAACCGUGCUCACGUCAAACAACCCGAUGGAUGAGAAUUCCUUAAAUGAGCCAAAGAAGGUGAUACCGAACCGGAUUCCACUUGAAAAGGCUGGUGAGGAGGGUGAGGAUGUGGAGGUUGCAAUCUCGCCGUAUUCUCUCACUUCGAUUGAUUUCUUAAUCGAAUCAAGCUAGAGCUGAUUCUAUCUCUGUAACUUAAUUUAUCAUAUUUUUAUUAUGUGAUUGGUGGAAGAUUUAUAUUUUACUAUAUAAGUAUCAAUAAAUAUAUACAUACAAUAAUAAUAUUGGGUUGGUA